CUCAAACACAAUACGAUAACCUAUAUUAGGCCCCUCUUUUCUUCUACGGCUGAUGUUUUAAUAGAACAUACUGAAAUUGUAGAUAGCUGUUAUCUACCCUUGAACAAUCGCUCCUCUUAUAAUCAUACUUUGAAAACCCUCAGCACCAUGGCCUCCCGGGAGCUUCUCGUGGUGAUUCUAAACCAUACCAAUGAAGAACUCAACACCGAACCUGAAUGGCCAACUCUUAUCCACGGCCAAUUCAUAAAAGACGACGAUCUUCCACCACCGCAAACAAUACUCGCCGGUGAGAGCGGCAUGUUGCGCUGCAAAUCGAACCACUUGGGCGGAGGGGUCGAAGGCUCAAUUACGUACCGUGUCGUCGGAUUCGGACCAAGAAACGAAGUGACAUUUUCUUGGGGCGUGCCGUAUGUUGGUGUGAAUAAGUUUAGCGCUGCUUCUGCCAUCCCCAAUUUCCAGGUGCAAACUUUGGGUGGACAUGGUAAUCAGGCUGUUGUUGUCUUUGUAUUUGUCAAAAGGCAGAUAGAGGGAUGGAAGAUGGUGGGGUGUUAGCUGCUGUUGCUAAGUAUCCUCUGGAGUGUGCUGAGGGUCAUGUGAUGUGAUAAGAGGAUAUGUUAUUGGUUGAAUGAAUGCACUGUGUUUGUGGCGUCACACCACCAAUAUCUAUG